AAAUGCCCGUGCAGAAGAGCGACUCACGUUAUUUGCGAUCUAGUUCUUUUAUCUGCAGUAUGUGGGAUUUUACCAUUUUCAGUUUUUGCAUUUUGAGCUCCGCUUUGCAAAAAUGCAGUGGGAAUCCAGUGGUGACAAGUGUGGUACACUGUGACCCUAAUCUCUCAUACCACAAAAUUGAAGUUCAACAACCAAAAAUCAUCAGCAAUAGAGUAUUGGGACGCAGCGGGACCACUCACGAAUCGCAGCUGCUUGACCCUAAUAUGGUCAAUGCAGUUUAUCACGCUGAAUGUUCACAUUUGCCGCCUGUUCCUGCCUUUUCAAAAUUAACUUGCAACGUUGCGAGCGGCAGCUGCCAAGCAUCUUGUCACAAUAACUAUCAAUUCCCCAACGGCGAGAGCACCAUGUACCUGACCUGCCAAAAUAACAACUGGUUGAUUCACGGCGCCGACUGGAAGACUCUACCACCGUGCAAACCAAUCUGCCAACCUGAAUGUCAAAACGGUGGGAUUUGCACGUCUCCAAACCGGUGCUCCUGUUCACCGAAUUUCAACGGUGCUCAAUGUGAGAUCGAGGACCGCGUGUGUUCUAUUUACCCUAACACACCGAUGAACUCAAGGAAGCAGUGCACGCAAAGGUCUUGCACAGUUAAAUGUUUGGCUGGCACCAAAUUCCCUAAUAGCCUUUCUGAGACUGAAUUUGUUUGUCGCAAUGGGACCUGGAUUUCAAAUAAUGUCGACUUUGACUGGGAAAAUAUUCCUAAUUGUGAUGUGACAUGUAACCCUCCUUGCCGCAACGGUGGACGCUGCCUUUCGAACAACCGUUGCCAGUGUCAGAAAGAAUUCAGAGGCCUUCAGUGUCAAUACAGUAUUGAUCGAUGCUCAUUGAGAAAUCUUCAGUUCAAUGGAAGUCGCAUGUGCAACGGCACAAGCGAAUACCUGACUUGUUCACUAUAUUGUCCAUCAGAAAUGAGCUUCACCUUCGCGCCCGCCGACAGAUACACGUGCUACUAUGAGACAGGAUUCUUCAGUCCUUCCAAUGUGCCUCAGUGUCAAUUCGGUCAGCGAUACAUUGCAAAUGGGUCUUCGGGCUAAAAGAUAGACUGUUAAUAUGUAUUUUGUAUUUAAUUAUGAAAAAAUUGUAAAAUAGGUUUUUUAUUUAGAGCAAUUUGUAUUUCUGACAGUUAAAUUGUGUAAAUUGAAAUACAUAAUUAUUAAAAAUAACAAAGA